UGCCCGGCUGGGAGCGCGGCGGGGGCUCUGCCAGGAUGAAGAAGCAUCACUCCGUGCAGGGCACCUUCAGCCGCCUCUUCGGCAAGCGCCACGCCAGCCCCGCCGCCGCCUCCCUCUUCGCCACCAACCCGCCCUGGAGCCUCACGCAGGAGGUGACCUCGGACAGCGCGGGUGGCACCGGUGAUGUGAUUGAAGUGUAUUAUGGUGACAAUCGCUUUGGGACGAUGACUGACUCUGGCACAGCAACGCUUAAACCUCGUCCGAGAGUCCGGCCACUGCUGACUUUCUUACCCCUUAAUGCCCAAGAAUCCCACGGGGUGGCUGUGCCAACGCCAUCGGUGCCAGAACACUUUGAGGAAAAAGCAGCUCUUGGCUCUGGCUCCCAGAUCAAUGGGAACUACCGAAUGUACAGCUCUGUGGGGGACCUGCACCUGCAGGCUCUUGAGGGAGAUGACCUGGAUGAAGACAUCCCGCCGCCACCGUCGGUGCCCCCACCGCCCCCUCCAACGGCACCAGCACCUCCAGCCUCACCAGUCCCACCACCACCCGAAAUGCUUCCUCCGCCACCACCGCCACCACCCGAGACAGUGCCGCCACCUCCCGCCAUGGCACCGCCGCCGCCUCCGGCCUCUGCCCUGUCAUCCCCCAGCACGCCGGCUCCUCCAGACUUCAUCCCACCAGCCCCACCGGGUGCCUCACCGCUCAGCUGGGCCCCGGCACCUUUCGCCACCGGCAUCUCCAAGUGGAAGUCCGAGACGGUGCUGAACACGCGGCAGGCGGACGCUGAGGGGCCGCUCUGCCAUGCUGAGGCUGGGGUGCCAGCUGCGCCCACCCCGAAGGAGAGUCUGCAGCCCAAGCAGUGUCCCGAGCCCCACCUCACCUUCCCCAGGUCCUUCAAGGUGCCUCCCCCGGCCCCAGCCCGGUCCUCCUCCAUCCCGGUGCCGGAGAGCCAGCCGCCCCGGCAGGAGCCCUUCCCCAGGCAGCCUCAUGCCCGGCCUCCCCUCCCACCAUGCUUCACCAUAAGACCCGCGGCCAAAGCUCACGCAAGAGGAGAAGCCGAGCAAAGAAAUUCCCCGUUGCGUCAGGCUGUCGCGAAGCCGGCUGUGCCCACACCCCCACCGCUGAGCCCCAAGCUGGCUCCAGGGCUCGGCCAAGGGACCAAUCCUGCCAGUCCCCGUUCCCCACUGCCAGGCUCUGAGACGGAGAAGGUUCCCCAGCCGAAACCAGCUGAGAGAGACUCUCCUCCAAAGCCCGAACCUCUCUCUGCAAAUGACCUUGACCUUCCCCCUCCGGACUACCCGAUCUGUGAGGAUGACUGGAGGGAUGCCAGCAACCUGAGCAGGCUGCGGCACGAGCUCUCGGCCCUCCUGCGCUCCCCACGGCGGGAGGAGAGGCCGCUGGAGAAGCCAGCCGCCCCGCGGCCCACGGACGGCGGUACUGACCACGCUGGCAGCCAUGAGCCCAGUCUCAGUGGGCCCCAACCUGCGAGACCCGCCGGGAAGGACACGCAGCUGCCCACGGGAGGGGAGAGUGAGAAGAAGGAGGUGCCCAGCAGCCCCCCCGGUGCCAAGGGGGGCUCUCCCAGCAUGGCGCUUCCCGCUCCGGAGAGCAGCCCAACCACGCAGACCCGCAGCGUGAUUAAAAUCAGGAACGAGUUGGAGGCUGUGCUGGCGCUGAAGAAAGAAGGGAAGCCUGCCCUGGGGCUCGGCACCCAGAAGCAGGGCACCGAGGAUGGUGGCAGCACCCCACGUGUGAGGAAGAGCCCCCCGGACCCAGGUGAAUCGGUGCUGCCAAAACCAUCCCCGAGCCCACUCCCAGCACCAGCGGCUGCAGUGGAGAAGGAUGAGACGGGGCACGAGGACCAUCCCACCCCUGCCGUUAGCAAGGCCACAGAGAUCUUGAUCCCUGAUCCAGGGUCCCCCAACAGCACCAUGAGCCCCUCAGACCCACCUCAGGCACCAGCAGAGGAGCCCCCUGCUCCCACCUCCCCCACGCCCCCCAUUUCUCCCACCCAGAGCCCAGCACCCCAGCCCAACACAGCUGUCUUCCAGUACAAAGUGCACCGGGCUGGAGCCAGCUCAGCCGAGCAGCCCAGUGGCUCCAGCUUGGCUGAACCGCCCUGCCCCGUGAGCCUGGCUCGGAGCCCCCCGAGCGCCUCGGCCGCGGGGCCGGAGGAGGUGCUGAUCCACCCCGUGACGGGCGAGCGGGUGGAGCGGGGCUCCCCCAUGGCGCUGCUCCUGGCAGCCCGGCAGCGUGCCCAGCGGGGCCGGCAGGGCGCUGAGGUGGGACCUGUGCCGCGGGUGAAGCCGCCCCUGAAACUCGGCAGCGCCUCAUCGGACACCACCUCCACCAGCUUCUACCGCCAUGAGUCCAAGCCCUGCUCCUUCACCGUGGUGCCCCGGCCGCCUGCAGCGGGGUCAGGACGGAGCAAAGUUCCAUCCUUCUCCAGCUCCUCGGAGCAGGGCCGGGACACGCGGGCAGUGGGCGAGGCGCAGCCCCCCAGCCUCGCCGGGCACCCGCGGGCCUCUGCCUCCAGCCUCCUGCGGGGCCUCUUUGAGGCCGGGCAGCCGACCCAGACCGGCCCAGCCCGCCACGACGUGCCCAGGGAGGAGGAGAACGGGGAGACGGCGCUGGACUACGGGAUCAUCCCCCCACCCCCUGAGUUCAGCAACGAGGUGGACGAGGCCGAGGGACCUCUCCCACGUCAGGAGAACCGCAAGUGCCCCAGCUUCCCCGACAGCAGCCGGGGCUCGGAGGCACCGCGGUAUUUCAGGUGGCCCGGCUACGGCCGCAGCUACGGGGGCAGCCAUGAGCCACCCGCCCCGCUGCCCUCGGGGAAGAGCAGGAGGAACGGGGACUUUGUGCCCCAGUACCCCGAUUACAGCAGCUCUGCCGGUUACUUCAGCCGCUGCCCGAACCCCCGCCCGCUGAUCAAGAAGCGCCUGUAUGUCUCUGAGCCCGACAGCUCCUACCCCCGGGCAGCUGCAGCUCCCCGGGGCACGGGUGCCCUCUCCUCCUACGUCCCUGGGGGAUACAGCUCCCCGGCCGGGGAGGGGGUCCGCCGCCUUGGCUCUGCCCACAGGAACGGCCCCACGAGCACGCAGGGCAGGCGGACGUCCAUUGAUGCCACUGGGAAAGCAGCGCCGUAUGGCAGCGCCGGGGCCGAUGCCAAGUACAAGGGGCAGAAUGGGGAUUUCUCACCCACCAGCAUGGUGGCAGCCAGCAGACCUGCCCACGGCAGCUCGCAGUACGGCGGACCUACCAACACCUUCACGGUCAGGCCUGGGACACGACAGCCCAUCUCCUACGCCUACCAGAGCGGCCACCGAUAGGUUUGUCCGGAGGGCUGCUCCGCCGCCUUCAUCCAGCUGGGAAGGGGUGAGAAGGUGCCUGGGUUGGUCGUCUCCUUCUCCACGGGCACCAGGGAUGGUCCCAACCCAGCCAGCAAACACACUGCUUGAAGCCGCUGCUGCAGAAUGCGGGGAGUGAACCUGGGACUUGGACUCUUGUCAAAGGACCGUCACGGAGAGUAGUUACUACAGAGGUCAGGCUGCUGCCUUGUUACGUAAGCAAACAUGGUUUUCCUUCUCCUGUUUCCCUCCCGCCCUGUAUUAUUUUCCAAAUUGCAGCCUGAUAGGUCUAAGAAAACCAAAAAGCAUCCUUAGUUCUCUUUGAAGAGCAUCCCCACUGGAGAGAUUGUUUUCUGUUUGUUUUCUUAAUUGGUUUAAAUCCAACAUGUGUUGGGAGUAGGGAGAGACCAAGUGGGAGCUGUGCAUAAUGGAAGCAAGCUGGUGUAUAGCUACGUGUAGGGGAUUGAAAAUAAGAAUGUGAGGCCAAUGGGAUAGAAAAGCAUUCAGGAUGUCUAGGUCCUAACCUCUUCUGUCCCCACCUCUUUCAACAGCCUUGAGCGAAUCUGUUGUGCUGAUGCCUUAAAAACAGCUCCUGGCUCUCGGUGCCUGUCCUGCCGAGCUGGGGGCAGCUCUGCCGCAAAGGGCUGAGCCCCCUCCUCUGGGGGCCCUUUGCUUUCCUGCACCUUUUGGUCACUGUAAAUGUUUCUGUUGGUAAUUAUUCCUCAUGGAAGAAGGCUGUGAGGCCUGGAUGGCUGCCUGUAAAGCACUUUGGAGACCUCAGACAUUGAGCAGCCCUUCUUUUCCUUUAUCAGCUGGUGAGUGCCAGUGACUCGCCAAGGUGCUGUGCUGAUGGUGCUUUCCUCGGGGGUCUCUUGCCACUUCAUGCCUAUGUAAACCCCGCCUCUAAAAGCAAAGCCACAGAGUCCUUAUGAACUGUUAUACUGAGACUUGGCUUUAGUUUGUCUGCUUUGGGGGACUAAGAAGGUAAGUUUCAGCGUGGUUGCAGGUGCUGCUGGUGCGUGGAAUGCCUGCAGUGGCACACCGAAGGCAGCUGGCUCCCGCUGUUCCCCUAAGUGCUUGUCCGGGUGCUGGACCUGCGUGCAAGCCUGUCCUUGCUUCCUGCCAGUGCUUCUCCGAAGGACCUAAUGAUGGCUGUGGGGCAGGGUGGGAGAUACAAGUAGCCUUAAAGAAGGUAUUUCAUACUACAGAGCAAGCAAUACAGUGCCACAAUAGCUGACCAAAGUUUUGAAUAGCCAACUUGCUGAAAUUAGAAAUAUAUAAUCUUCCUCAUAGGUAAACUUGCUGAAAAUCACUGUAAGAUAAGUGUAAAAACUUGUAGAGAAUGUUUUCUAGUCACUGACAAACUAAAAGCACUUUGAGACAUUAGUCUAUUUUUAUGGAAAGCACUUUCUAUUUUCAGUACUAUACAGUGUCAUUAGUUCCACUCCAGCUUAUCCUGUGUUGCAUGCACGUAUGCAUGUGUGCAUAUAAGCAGAUUUUGCUCUACAAUUCAACUCAAAAUUCAGUGAUAAAUUUUCCUUCACGGUGGAAUUUCCAGAAGUUUUUAUUAAUGUCAUGUCAUUGAGUUCUACGUUUUAUGUUAUUUCCAACUUUAUCUAAUAAUUUAACUGCUGUUUCCAAUAUUGCAGCAGCUUCAAAGUAUUCUGAACUUUACUUUGCUGUGAAUAAAAUGAAAACCCAAGUACCAUAAUCAGUCCAAUAGCUAAUUGAAAUGGCGUUUUUAUGCCAGUAAGUCACAGUGACUUGAAAGAUUCCCAGACAUGCUCACCCCAGCCAGUAUUGAAAUAACACAUUUUAAAUAUCUGGGUGUUUGUUUUUUAAACAAUGUUUAUGGAGAAAAGUGACUAUGGAGUAACUCCCUGGGUAUUUAAGUGUGCCAGUGUCAUGUAGCAUAGCUUCCACCCCCACCCCGCCCUUAAAACAUGGAAGUUUUUCUGUAAGAGGAGCAUCUCGAGGAUUCUUACUUACCUAUGGAAGUAAAGCUGUGACACUGCUUGGGUGGCUUCAGGGUCAUGUCUUAGUAUUGGAUGAAGCUUCACCAGCUUGACUUGAAACAAUGAGAAAGCCUCUCUGACAAUAUUGCAACCUCAUUGUUUUUUCUUCCCGUUACUUUUUUUUUCCCCAAAAAAAUUAUUAAGUUAUAACUGCAAAUUAAUUCUCAAAAGCAGUUUUAAAUUUAAAGGCUUGUUGGGAGACUUCAGCCUUCAAGAUUGACUUUGCCCAGAAAUGGAGGUGGGUGUGUGCAACUUUACCCCUCAAAAGUUCUCCUAAGUGUAAGUGUAUCCCCAACACAAGUUGGUUUUGGUUUGGUGGUGUUUGGGGUUUUUUUUGUUUGCUUUUAGGGUUGGUUGUUGUGUUUUUUUAAAGUAAAAUGUGAAACUCCAAGGGUGGCACUUGUUUUGAAUUUCACUUUUAGUAUUUCACCCAGACACGCAAUUCGUAUGUAGUUGUAAUUUGGUGUUAUGUAGUGCGGAGUGUCUUGUUUCUAGCAGACAGGUAUUUGUUUGUAUUAAAUAUUAGAAGCAUGAUAAUGUAAGUCAGUUUUAUGAAACAGCCAUUAUUCAUUCAAAGAACACCCAUUCUGGGAAUGUACAGUGGACUAAGCUAGUAACUAAAUCAGCUAGGACUUGGCUCACAGUUGUGAAACUGAUUAGCAUGAAUGUUUUAAGCAAUGGAACUAUUCUAUUCUUUAAACACUUUGGGCUAUCUCAGCUCCUGAAGGCCUUAAGCAAAAUUCUAGUUAUUUCAGUAACAACUAGACAUCUAUGCUGGGGCCAUCGGGAACUGUUUGUGUUACAAAGAAACCACUGUUGGAGUGGUUGGCAGCCAAAGCGCUUACACAGAAAGUUAAAUCCCUAGUGAAGAGCGAGGAUGCAGGGAUGGGGAAGAGCUCCCUCUUCCUUGGCCAGGUGACUGUCAGGAUAGCGCAUAGAUAAACUGCACUCUGAUUCCCGUUCCUGCUCCUUCCCAGCUGUAUAAAUUUAGCAAUAGAAGAGGAAGAGACUAAGGGGUAGCGAUGGAGCAAAGCAACCUUAUAGCCUUAGCACUGACAGCAGUCUUGCAGCCUGACAAUGGAAUUAUUCCCACAUCAACCCUCUCUGAUGCAGUUUGGUCAUUCAAGUCUUGAUACAACUUAAAAUCAUCCCCUGCAGUUGCCUCUUCCUCAAAAGUACCUGCUAAUGUCGUAUAACUGAGACCUUUACUUGUAAAGUGUUGAACAGUGUCUUAUUUAUGAGUGCCAUUGAACCUUCUUGCAUUAAAUAUGUCUGGACGUAUUGUUUUA